AUGUUACCGGAUGAUGAUGACAUGGACGAUAUAAAGCCACCGGUCAGUUAUAAAGCUAUGUAUGAGGGUGGAUCGGAAUCGAAGUAUACCGAUAUGGAAUGGUCUGUGGAACUACGAUACUGGAUUGUACUUGUUGUAUUCAUAUCUUUACUCAUUAUUUACCGUAGUUUGUUACCUCCUCUCCAAUGUGACACCAAAUUUCAAUAG